GAUCAUAAUCACCGAGAGCUAUCCUAUUUUCUUCUUCUUUUUAAACUAUCUUCUCUCUAUUCCUGUUUUCUUUGUUGGUUGUUUGUGUUUCCUUCAAUUUUUGUCUUUGCUGUGAGUGAAAAUUUAGAGUCUUUGAGAGAUGGUUUGCUUGGUAUCUCGUUCAGGAAGGGAAUUGCAGAGAUACAACAACAUGGGUGGACGCCAAGUUGUUGGAUGCAUACCUUAUAGAUAUAAAGAAGAGAUAGAUGGCAAUAUGAACAAUGAAUUGGAAGUAUUAGUGGUUAGUUCACAGAAAGGUCAAGGAUUGAUGUUCCCUAAGGGAGGAUGGGAACUUGAUGAAUCUGUUGAAGAAGCAGCUUGCAGGGAAUCCCUUGAAGAAGCAGGAGUCUUAGGAAUCGUUGAGUGUAAAUUGGGGCAAUGGAGUUUCAUUAGCAAAAGACAUGGUAUAUACUAUGAAGGGCACAUGUUCCCCUUGUUUGUCAAAGAACAACUUGAUCUGUGGCCUGAGAAAAAUCUGCGUAGAAGAAUAUGGAUGACUGUUGCUCAAGCCAGAGAAGCUUGUCAGCAUUGGUGGAUGAAGGAAGCAUUAGAUAUAUUGGUUCAACGACUCGUGUCUUCGAAGCAACAAAGAAAAUGAUAUAGCAUAUAUAUAUAGCUGAUUCUUUAAAUUUUUAACGAAUAAGUUUGCAAGUUGAUCAAUCUAUAUAGAUAAGAAAUUAAUAAUAUUUUGUAUCUCUAUAGGUUGAAGAUUAUAGAGAGGAUUAAUUAGGGAGAGAAACAGAAUUGUAGAGAAAUAUAGAGUUGCUAUUUUUAUGCAACUUCAA